AAAAAAAAAAAAAAAACGAUUCAGUGAUUCAGUCAUUCAAAUACAGAGAACGAGCUGCAUGCAUGCUCCCUCUCAUUCAUAAACAGGAAUCAACUUAAAAAACGAAUGGGAACAGGAAGGAGGCAUGACAUGCAGAACUUGGAUGAGCAGGAGAAGAUAGAAAGCCGUGUAAACGACGAUGGCGAGGACACAGAUAAAAACGAGAACGAUGGCGAUGAUCAUCCGAGCUACUGUGUUAUUUGCCUGAAUAGCUGCGAGGAUCGGACAGUGCUCGAGCCAUGUCAUCAUGAAUUCUGUUUUCAUUGUAUCCUUCAAUGGUCCAUGGUGUCGCACUCGUGCCCGCUCUGUGUCCAGAUUUUCGACAGUUGUAUCCAUGAAAUCAAGGACGACCACCACUAUACAGUUUAUCGAUUCGAGCCGCUCGCAUCUGCGUCCGCGCCCAAGAGUUCUUCUAACUCCUCAUCAUCACUAUCACCGCUAUCAACUAAUGUGAGAUUACAGCCACAGCCGAUGGCGAUUCCCUAUGGGAUUAUUCGUCAACUCUAUGGACCACCCCAACGAAGAAGAAGGUUCGGUAGAGGCGAUAGGGGCCCUAGUAUGGAAAAAACAGAGACAGAAAACGAACGCACAGUGUCUAAUCAACAAGAACAGGCAUUAGAAAAACGAAGACACGUCUAUCGCCAUCGCCUCUUCGUUAAACACAUGGGUGCUAACAGGAUCUCUGGGUUUCAACAGAUAACGCCGGAGACCUUUCGAAUCCUACCGCAUAAGCUCGAUCGCCUUAUUCCUUGGAUCCGACGAGAAUUACAGGCGAUUUUAUCGCUCAAUACUGGCAAUGUUUCUUCUGGUGACGUCAACAAUGACAACAGUAGUAGCAGCAGCAGCAGUAGUAGUAGUAGUAGCCAUAGUGACGCUGUUGCGGCUGCCAUGAAUCGUUAUCAGGAAAUCAAUACAGGUUUGGAAUUGAUUCGAGAAUAUGUCAUUGCAGUGUUGAAACGGUUUGAUCUUCAAACCGAUCAGGCUCAGGACUUGCUUCGGGAUUUCUUACAUGAACAUACAGCACAUUUUGUUCAUGAACUCGUUGCGUUUGCAAGAUCUCCUUAUUCAAUUGAAGCGUAUGAUCGGUUAGCGCAGUAUGAUGAUCCAGCAGCAAUAACAACGGCUACAAAGACGAGGACGGCGGUAACAACAAUGGCAUCAGAACAUGUAGGGUCAAGACUCAAAUCGUCGUCAUCAUCUAGGCGUCGUCAUAUUGGCGCUGGUGAUAAUGAGAGUGACUCUGAAUAUAGGGGACGAAGUCGAGGACGGUAUGGGAACGGUUAUAGGAAUAGGAGCAUCAGUAAAAAUCAGACCAUCUCCUCUGAUGGAGAGAAAAUCCCUAGGACAUACAUAAAAGACAAGCGCCGUAGGGGUAGUAGAGAAGAGGAUCAUGAUUGGCGGACCCAGCCAGGCAGUGAAAGCAGUAGGAAUAGAAGAAGAAGAACGGGCUCUUAUCCGGGGAAUCAAAGUAGGAGUAGGAACAGGAGUAGGAAUAGAAGUAGGAGUAGAGGCGAGAACAGGGAUAGAAGCAUGAGUAGGAGCAGAGAAGAGUCCAGGAACAUGUCCUCCUUGAGUGAAAGUAGAAAUGAACGAGUGACAGAGUAUGAAAAAAGAAGACCGCAACUAUCUACAACCGAGAGAGGACAUGCACCUGCCGAUAUCAGAUCCUUACCACCCAUCAACAAUAAUAAUAGUACCAAUGAUAAUCGAGAGUCACUAAAUGCCAUCUUGCGGGCCAAGUUGGCAAAAGAGCAGGAGCUGUAUAAUGCCAAACAUAAGAAUAAAGCAACCUGACCACAC